AUGGCGGGCCUCAGUGCUUCAGGGGCAUUUUGGGCGCACCUCCGCAGCCUGUGCCUGGACCAGUUUCCCUGUGGGACGGGGAGCUGGAAUAAGUCCCGUUUCCCCCCGAAGGCGCCACAGGGCCUGUGUGGCCCCCGGCGGGCUGGCCCGGCCCCUCGCGAGAGGCUUCCGCCGCCCGAUGAAGAACCGGCCGAGUCGCUGACAGCGUUCCUGCGCAGCCCUGGCUCUCCCUGGGCUUUGCCGGCCGACUGCAGCCUGGCCGACCAGCGCCUGCGGGAGCUGGCAGUGCAGUCCCCACGGGUCGUCCGGCGCAGCUUCAUCUUCUGCUACUUCCGAUCGCUCAGAAUUGUGAGCAAAGACGUGAGCGAAAUUGAUUCUGGCUUGUUAAAGUUCCCCAACCUGGAGGAGCUCAUCCUGAGCGCAAAUCGCAUCAGCACAAUCAACUCAGCCAACCUUCCUCCAACACUGAAGGUGCUGGAGCUCUGUGGCAACAAUGUGGACGGCCUGCGGGACCUCUGCGCUCACCCGCCUCCCCAGCUGCAGCACCUGGGCCUCGGCCACAACUGCCGGCUCGGCUCGUCGGAGGAGCAGUACCUCACGGACGCCUUCUGGCCGAAGCUCGUCUCCCUCGACCUGAGCUACAACAGCUUCACCAGCCUGCUGAGCCUCCUCGCCCACCUGCUGACGCUGAAGCAGCUCCGGAUCCUGGUGCUGCAGGGCAACCCCUGCGCGCUCCUGCCCGGCUACCGGGGCUUCACCAUUGACAGCCUGCCAAGACUCUGCGCCCUGGACGACGUCCUCAUCACGCUGGACGAGAGGCACAGCUUCCUGGGGCUGGCCAGGAACCCGGAGCUCCUGAGAUGCAGGGCUAAGAUGAUCGUCACCAUUGGCAAGAUCAGGGGUGUUCCCAACCCCAUAGGCCCCGAGGAACCGGAAAGUGGCCCCGAGUCUCCAGUCAUCACCUACAGUUAUUAUGUGACAUAUGAGUUCGCCGAGGCCACGGUUGUGGUGUCCCAAGUGAGUCCCACACCCACGGCACUGGAUGGUGACCUUGCAACAGCCCCUGAAAAAGGAGGCACCCAUACCCCCACAGCCACGGAGACGUCGAGCAAGCUGGAGGCGCCCUUGGAGACGGCAAAUCUGCAUGCCACCCCCCGGAAGCCCUGGGCGGAGACCAUCGAGUGCGACUACCGGAAAGAGCACUGCGCCCAGGACGUGGCCGGGCUGAAAGCCUUCCUUCUGGCCGGGACCACGGUGGAGGUCAUCGAGGAAAAGGUUGUCUCAUGGCCCAUAGUUACCACUCCUGACGAAAGCUUGACCAAAAAAGGAAAGGGCAAACCAGAGAAGGGCAAACCAGAGAAGGGCAAACCAGAGAAGGGGAAAAAGGACAAAGAGAAAGAGAAGGGGAAAGGCAAAGAUGUCGGGAAGGCUGGCAACAAGAAGAAAAAGAAAUUGCCGUCCCCCGAGCUGCGGAGUGACCCCCCCAUCCUGAAGACGCUGGGCUCCGUCCGUGUCGCUCUGGAAGGCCUCCUUGCCGGGGAAUCCCUGCUGGAGACCGUGUGUGAUUUCGGUGUGUUGGCAGCAGAGGUGCACGUCCAGCCCCCGUCUCCAAAGGAAAAGGAUAGUAAAAAGGGUGCAAAAAAGGAGAAAAAACCCAAAGCUGGACCGGAGAAAACCUCACCACUUGCCAAAGGAAAGGGGAAAAAGAAGGACUCGCCGGAGGCAGGGGAGCUUCCGCGGAGCCAGCCGAUCCCGCUGACCGUGGAAUUCCAAAUGCAGCAUGUGAAAUGGACGUCAGCUUCACAAAUCCUAAUCAAGUCCUAA